AUGGAAGGAGAAAGAUCAGAGCUGAAAAUAAGAGAAGAUCAACUCCUGAAUGAAAUGAAAUCCCUAGAAUAUCUGAGGGAAAAACUGCAAAAGCUGGAUGAAAGGAUGAGUGAAGAUGUGAAAAACAAAAUCAUGAGACUGGAACAAAACAAUGAAGACUUACUAAAACUGUUGAGUCUUUUGGGGAAAAAGCAUGAGGCUCUGGAUAAACUGAAGGAAAAUAUGUCAUCUUACACUGAGAUAUUAGAGAGAGAAAGAGAAGGGUUGAAGAGUACGAUGUCAGAAAUUGUCAUGCAGAGACAAGAAAUGGCCAAUCGACUGAAACAAGAGACUGAGUUGGAAAAGACACAUCUUAUAGAACUAAAGGCAGAGCAGAAGCAAGACAGAGAGGAUCUGGAUAGAGAGAGUGAGAUGAUGAACAAAGAGAAACUGGACUUGGAGCUGGUGAGGUCUGACAUCCUGAAACAAAGUGACAUAUUAGAACAAGUGAUACAAGAUAUAAAAGAGGAAAAAGACAAACUGGAAAUCACAAAGACUGAGCUACAAAAGAAGAAAGAACAUGCAGACAGUCAGUUUGAUGAGAUCAACAGACAGAAAACCAACAUUAAAGAUCUGACACUUCAGCUUCAGACAGAAAGAGACAAACUUGACAAUGUCAUGAACAUGAUAACCUUAAAACAAGAGGAACAACAACUCAAGGAAGAAGAGUUCAAAAGACAAACACAAGUACUGGAAACCAGUAAGAACAGUGUACUGUUAGAAAGAGAAGAACUGGAACUUUUGAGGAAGGAUCUCAACAGGAAGAAAGAAGAGGUUGAAACUGCCAUGAUCACCAUCAAUGGAGAGAGAGAACAACUCAAUGAGUUGAAGAGUAGUACUGACCUGGACAGACGAAUGCUCGUGAAAGAAAAGGACAGAAUGGAAGGAGAAAGAUCAGAGCUGAAAAUAAGAGAAGAUCAACUCCUGAAUGAAAUGAAAUCCCUAGAAUAUCUGAGGGAAAAACUGCAAAAGCUGGAUGAAAGGAUGAGUGAAGAUGUGAAAAACAAAAUCAUGAGACUGGAACAAAACAAUGAAGACUUACUAAAACUGUUGAGUCUUUUGGGGAAAAAGCAUGAGGCUCUGGAUAAACUGAAGGAAAAUAUGUCAUCUUACACUGAGAUAUUAGAAAGAGAAAGAGAAGGGUUGAAGAGUACGAUGUCAGAAAUUGUUAUGCAGAGACAAGAAAUGGCCAAUCGACUGGAACAAGAGGCUGAGUUGGAAAAGACACAUCUUAUAGAACUAAAGGCAGAGCAGAAGCAAGACAGAGAGGAUCUGGAUAGAGAGAGUGAGAUGAUGAACAAAGAGAAACUGGACUUGGAGCUGAUGAGGUCUGACAUACUGAAACAAAGUGACAUAUUAGAACAAGUGAUACAAGAUAUAGACGAGGAAAAGGAAAAACUGGAAACCACAAAGACUGAGCUACAACAGAAGAAAGAACAUGCAGAAAGUCAGUUUUAUGAGAUCAACAGAGAGAAAAUCAACAUUGAAAAUCUGACCCUUCAGCUUCAGACAGAAAGAGACAAACUUGACAAUGUCAUGAACAUGAUAACCUUAAAACAAGAAGAACAACAACUCAAGGAAGAAGAGUUCAAAAGACAAACACAAGUACUGGAAACCAGUAAGAAAAGUGUACUGUUAGAAAGAGAAGAACUGGAACUAUUGAGGAAGGAUCUAAACAGGAAGAAAGAAGAGGUUCAAGCUGCCAUGAUCACCAUCAAUGGUGAAAGAGACCAACUCAAUGAGAUGAAGAGUAGUACUGACCUGGACAGACGAAUGCUAGAGAAUGAAAAGGACAGAAUGGAAGGAGAAAGGUCUGACCUGAAAAUAAGAGAAGAUCAACUCUUGAAUGAAAUGAAAUCCCUAGAAUAUCUGAGGGAAAAACUGCAACAGCUGGAUGAAAGGAUGAGUGAAGAUGUGAAAAACAAAAUCAUGAGACUGGAACAAAACAUUGAAGACUUACUAAAACUGUUGAGUGUAUUUGGGCAAAAGCAUGAGGCUCUGGAUAAACUGAAGGAAAAUAUGUCAUCUUACAGUGAGAUAUUAGAAAGAGAAAGAGAAGUGUUGAAGAGUACGAUGUCAGAAAUUGUUAUGCAGACACAAGAAAUGGCCAAUCGACUGGAACAAGAGGCUGAGUUGGAAAAGACACAUCUUAUAGAACUAAAGGCAGAGCAGAAGCAAGACAGAGAGGAUCUGGAUAGAGAGAGUGAGAUGAUGAACAAAGAGAAACUGGACUUGGAGCUGAUGAGGUCUGACAUACUUAAACAAAGUGACAUAUUAGAACAAGUGAUACAAAAUAUAGACGAGGAAAAAGAAAAACUGGACAACACAAAGACUGAGCUACAACAGAAGAAAGAACAUGCAGAAAGUCAGUUUCAUGAGAUCAACAGAGAGAAAAUCAACAUUGAAAAUCUGACCCUUCAGCUUCAGACAGAAAGAGACAAACUUGACAAUGUCAUGAACAUGAUUACCUUAAAACAAGAAGAACAACAACUCAAGGAAGAAGACUUCAAAAGACAAACACAAGAACUGGAAACCAGUAAGAACAGUGUACUGGUAGAAAGAGAAGAACUGGAACUUUUGAGGAAGGAUCUCAACAGGAAGAAAGAAGAGGUUGAAGCUGCCAUGAUCACCAUCAAUGGAGAGAGAGAACAACUCAAUGAGAUGAAGAGUAGUAUUGACCUGGACAGACGAAUGCUCGAGAAAGAAAAGGACAGAAUGGAAGGAGAAAGGUCUGAGCUGAAAAUAAGAGAAGAUCAACUCCUGAAUGAAAUGAAAUCCCUUGAAUAUCUGAGGGAAAAACUGCAACAGCUGAAUGAAAGGAUGAGUGAAGAUGUGAAAAACAAAAUCAUGAGACUGGAACAAAACAUUGAAGACUUACUAAAACUGUUGAGUGUUUUGGGGCAAAAGCAUGAGGCUCUGGAUAAACUGAAGGAAAAUAUGUCAUCUUACACUGAGAUAUUAGAAAGAGAAAGAGAAGGGUUGAAGAGUACGAUGUCAGAAAUUGUCAUGCAGAGACAAGAAAUGGCCAAUCGACUGAAACAAGAGACUGAUUUGGAAAAGACACAUCUUAUAGAACGAAAGGCAGAGCAGAAGCAAGACAGAGAGGAUCUGGAUAGAGAGAGUGAGAUGAUGAACAAAGAGAAAUUGGACUUGGAGCUGAUGAGGUCUGACAUCCUAAAACAAAGUGACAUAUUAGAACAAGUGAUACAAGAUAUAAAAGAGGAAAAAGACAAACUGGAAAUCAGAAAGACUGAGCUACAAAAGAAGAAAGAACAUGCAGACAGUCAGUUUGAUGACAUCAACAGACAGAAAACCAACAUUAAAGAUCUGACACUUCAGCUUCAGACAGAAAGAGACAAACUUGACAAUGUCAUGAACAUGAUUACCUUAAAACAAGAAGAACAACAACUCAAGGAAGAAGAGUUCAAAAGACAAACACAAGAACUGGAAACCAGUAAGAACAGUGUACUGGUAGAAAGAGAAGAACUGGAACUUUUGAGGAAGGAUCUCAACAGGAAGAAAGAAGAGGUUGAAACUGCCAUGAACAUCAUCAGUGGAGAGAGGGAACAACUCAAUGAGAUGAAGAGCAGUACUGACAUGGACAGACGAAUGCUCGAGAAAGAAAAGGACAGAAUGGAAGGAGAAAGGUCUGAGCUGAAAAUAAGAGAAGAUCAACUCCUGCAUGAAAUGAAAUCCCUAGAAUGUCUGAGGGAAAAACUGCAACAGCUGAAUGAAAGGAUGAGUGAAGAUGUGAAAAACAAAAUCAUGAGACUGGAACAAAACAAUGAAGACUUACUAAAACUGUUGAGUCUUUUGGGGAAAAAGCAUGAGGCUCUGGAUAAACUGAAGGAAAAUAUGUCAUCUUACACUGAGAUAUUAGAAAGAGAAAGAGAAGGGUUGAAGAGUACAAUGUCAGAAAUUGUCAUGCAGAGACAAGAAAUAGCCAAUCGACUGAAAAAAGAGACUGAGUUGGAAAAGACACAUCUUAUAGAACUAAAGGCAGAGCAGAAGCAAGACAGAGAGGAUCUGGAUAGAGAGAGUGAGAUGAUGAACAAAGAGAAACUGGACUUGGAGCUGAUGAGGUCUGACAUCCUGAAACAAAGUGACAUAUUAGAACAAGUGAUACAAGAUAUAAAAGAGGAAAAAGACAAACUGGAAAUCAGAAAGACUGAGCUACAAAAGAAAAAAGAACAUGCAGACAGUCAGUUUCAUGAGAUCAACAGACAGAAAACCAACAUUAAAGAUCUGACACUUCAGCUUCAGACAGAAAGAGACAAACUUGACAAUGUCAUGAACAUGAUUACCUUAAAACAAGAAGAACAACAACUCAAGGAAGAAGAGUUCAAAAGACAAACACAAGAGCUGGAAACCAGUAAGAACAGUGUACUGUUAGAAAGAGAAGAACUGGAACUUUUGAGGAAGGAUCUCAACAGGAAGAAAGAAGAGGUUGAAACUGCCAUGAUCACCAUCAAUGGAGAGAGAAAACAACUCAAUGAGAUGAAGAGUAGUACUGACCUGGACAGACGAAUGCUCGAGAAAGAAAAGGACAGAAUGGAAGGAGAAAGGUCUGAGCUGAAAAUAAGAGAAGAUCAACUCCUGCAUGAAAUGAAAUCCCUAGAAUGUCUGAGGGAAAAACUGCAACAGCUGAAUGAAAGGAUGAGUGAAGAUGUGAAAAACAAAAUCAUGAGACUGGAACAAAACAAUGAAGACUUACUAAAACUGUUGAGUCUUUUGGGGAAAAAGCAUGAGGCUCUGGAUAAACUGAAGGAAAAUAUGUCAUCUUACACUGAGAUAUUAGAAAGAGAAAGAGAAGGGUUGAAGAGUACAAUGUCAGAAAUUGUCAUGCAGAGACAAGAAAUAGCCAAUCGACUGAAAAAAGAGACUGAGUUGGAAAAGACACAUCUUAUAGAACUAAAGGCAGAGCAGAAGCAAGACAGAGAGGAUCUGGAUAGAGAGAGUGAGAUGAUGAACAAAGAGAAACUGGACUUGGAGCUGAUGAGGUCUGACAUCCUGAAACAAAGUGACAUAUUAGAACAAGUGAUACAAGAUAUAAAAGAGGAAAAGACAAACUGGAAAUCAGAAAGACUGAGCUACAAAAGAAAAAAGAACAUGCAGACAGAAGAAGAGUUCAAAAGACAAACACAAGAGCUGGAAACCAGUAAGAACAGUGUACUGUUAGAAAGAGAAGAACUGGAACUUUUGAGGAAGGAUCUCAACAGGAAGAAAGAAGAGGUUGAAACUGCCAUGAUCACCAUCAAUGGAGAGAGAAAACAACUCAAUGAGAUGAAGAGUAGUACUGACCUGGACAGACGAAUGCUCGAGAAAGAAAAGGACAGAAUGGAAGGAGAAAGGUCUGAGCUGAAAAUAAGAGAAGAUCAAGUCCUGCAUGAAAUGAAAUCCCUAGAAUGUCUGAGGGAAAAACUGCAACAGCUGAAUGAAAGGAUGAGUGAAGAUGUGAAAAACAAAAUCAUGAGACUGGAACAAAACAAUGAAGACUUACUAAAACUGUUGAGUGUUUUGGGGCAAAAGCAUGAGGCUCUGGAUAAAUUGAAGGAAAAUAUGUCAUCUUACACUGAGAUAUUAGAAAGAGAAAGAGAAGGGUUGAAGAGUACAAUGUCAGAAAUUGUCAUGCAGAGACAAGAAAUAGCCAAUCGACUGAAAAAAGAGACUGAGUUGGAAACGACACAUCUUAUAGAACUAAAGGCAGAGCAGAAGCAAGACAGAGAGGAUCUGGAUAGAGAGAGUGAGAUGAUGAACAAAGAGAAACUGGACUUGGAGCUGAUGAGGUCUGACAUCCUGAAACAAAGUGACAUAUUAGAACAAGUGAUACAAGAUAUAAAAGAGGAAAAAGACAAACUGGAAAUCAGAAAGACUGAGCUACAAAAGAAAAAAGAACAUGCAGACAGUCAGUUUCAUGAGAUCAACAGACAGAAAACCAACAUUAAAGAUCUGACACUUCAGCUUCAGACAGAAAGAGACAAACUUGACAAUGUCAUGAACAUGAUUACCUUAAAACAAGAAGAACAACAAUUCAAGGAAGCUGAGUUCAAAAGACAAACACAAGAGCUGGAAACCAGUAAGAACAGUGUACUGGUAGAAAGAGAAGAACUGGAACUUUUGAGGAAGGAUCUCAACAGGAAGAAAGAAGAGGUUGAAGCUGCCAUGAUCACCAUCAAUGGAGAGAGAGAACAACUCAAUGAGAUGAAGAGUAGUAUUGACCUGGACAGACGAAUGCUCGAGAAAGAAAAGGACAGAAUGGAAGGAGAAAGGUCUGAGCUGAAAAUAAGAGAAGAUCAACUCCUGAAUGAAAUGAAAUCCCUUGAAUAUCUGAGGGAAAAACUGCAACAGCUGAAUGAAAGGAUGAGUGAAGAUGUGAAAAACAAAAUCAUGAGACUGGAACAAAACAUUGAAGACUUACUAAAACUGUUGAGUGUUUUGGGGCAAAAGCAUGAGGCUCUGGAUAAACUGAAGGAAAAUAUGUCAUCUUACACUGAGAUAUUAGAAAGAGAAAGAGAAGGGUUGAAGAGUACGAUGUCAGAAAUUGUCAUGCAGAGACAAGAAAUGGCCAAUCGACUGAAACAAGAGACUGAGUUGGAAAAGACACAUCUUAUAGAACGAAAGGCAGAGCAGAAGCAAGACAGAGAGGAUCUGGAUAGAGAGAGUGAGAUGAUGAACAAAGAGAAAUUGGACUUGGAGCUGAUGAGGUCUGACAUCCUAAAACAAAGUGACAUAUUAGAACAAGUGAUACAAGAUAUAAAAGAGGAAAAAGACAAACUGGAAAUCACAAAGACUGAGCUACAAAAGAAGAAAGAACAUGCAGACAGUCAGUUUGAUGACAUCAACAGACAGAAAACCAACAUUAAAGAUCUGACACUUCAGCUUCAGACAGAAAGAGACAAACUUGACAAUGUCAUGAACAUGAUUACCUUAAAACAAGAAGAACAACAACUCAAGGAAGAAGAGUUCAAAAGACAAACACAAGAACUGGAAACCAGUAAGAACAGUGUACUGGUAGAAAGAGAAGAACUGGAACUUUUGAGGAAGGAUCUAAACAGGAAGAAAGAAGAGGUUGAAGCUGCCAUGAUCACCAUCAAUGGUGAAAGAGACCAACUCAAUGAGAUGAAGAGUAGUACUGACCUGGACAGACGAAUGCUAGAGAAUGAAAAGGACAGAAUGGAAGGAGAAAGGUCUGAGCUUAAAAUAAGAGAAGAUCAACUCUUGAAUGAAAUGAAAUCCCUAGAAUAUCUGAGGGAAAAACUGCAACAGCUGGAUGAAAGGAUGAGUGAAGAUGUGAAAAGCAAAAUCAUGAGACUGGAACAAAACAAUGAAGACUUACUAAAACUGUUGAGUGUUUUGGGGCAAAAGCAUGAGGCUCUGGAUAAACUGAAGGAAAAUAUGUCAUCUUACACUGAGAUAUUAGAAAGAGAAAGAGAAGGGUUGAAGAGUACGAUGUCAGAAAUUGUCAUGCAGAGACAAGAAAUGGCCAAUCGACUGAAACAAGAGACUGAGUUGGAAAAGACACAUCUUAUAGAACUAAAGCCAGGGCAGAAGCAAGAAAGAGAGGAUCUGGAUAGAGAGAGUGAGAUGAUGAACAAAGAAAAACUGGACUUGGAGCUGAUGAGGUCUGACAUCCUGAAACAAAGUGACAUAUUAGAACAAGUGAUACAAGAUAUAAAAGAGGAAAAAGAAAAACUGGAAAUCACAACGACUGAGCUACAAAAGAAGAAAGAACAUGCAGACAGUCAGUUUGAUGAGAUCAACAGACAGAAAACCAACAUUAAAGAUCUGACCCUUCAGCUUCAGACAGAAAGAGACAAACUUGACAAUGUCAUGAACAUGAUUACCUUAAAACAAGAAGAACAACUCAAGGAAGAAGAGUUCAAAAGACAAACACAAGAGCUGGAAACCAGUAAGAACAAUUUACUGGUAGAAAGAGAAGAACUGGAACUUUUGAGGAAGGAACUCAACAACAAGAAAGAAGAGGUUGAAGCUGACAUGAUCACCAUCAAUGGAGAGAGAGAACAACUAAAUGAGAUGAAGAGUAGUACUGACGAGGACAGACGAAUGUUCGACAAAGAAAAGGACAGAAUGGAAGGAGAAAGAUCAGAGCUGAAAAUGAGAGAAGAUCAACUCUUGAAUGAAAUGAAAUCAAUAAAAACUCGGAGGGAAAAACUACAACAGCUGAAUGAAAGGAUGAGUGAAGACGUGAAAAACAAAAUGGAAAGAUUACAACAAAACAAUCAAGACAUACUAAUGCUGUACACUGUAUUGGAACAAAAACUAACAGCUCUAGAUGUACAGAAAGAGAACCUGGCUGGAUCCAGUGAGCUGUUAGAGAGAGAAAAGAAAAGUUUGAAAGGUAUACUGUCAGACAUUGUCAUCCAGAGAGGAAACAUAGAAAAUCAAUGGAAGCAGAAGUUUGAGUUGGACAAACAAGAUCUCUACAAACUGAAGGCAGAGCAGAAGCAAGACAGAGAGGACCUGGAUAGAGAGAGUGAGAUGAUGAACAAAGAGAAACUGGAUAUGGAGCUGAUGAGGUCUGACAUCCUAAAACAAAGUGACAUAUUAGAACAAGUGAUACAAGCUAUAAAAGAGGAAAAAGACAAACUGGAAAUCACAAAGACUGAGCUACAAAAGAAUAAAGAACAUGCAGAUAUUCAGUUUGAUAAGAUAAACCAAAAAAAACAACAAUUGUAUCAAAUAAAGACAACUACUGAAAGUGAGAGAGAAAGGUUUUUAAAUGAAAAUAAGAGGAUGGAAGGAGAAAUGUCUGAGCUGAAAAUUACAAAGGUCCGGCUCACCAGGUUAAUGAACUUCAUGGUAAGUCUCAACGCAAAACUCAAAGAGUUGAAUCAAAGGAGACAUGAGGACUUUACAAAGAAUAUGGAGAAAUUUGGACAGAAAUAUAAAGACAUGCUCCAAUCGAACUCAGUAUUGGAACAGAAGUGUGAUGAACUCGAUAAACAGAAAAAUAAGGUCACUGGUUAUUAUGACCUGAUGCAAAAAGAGAAGAAACAUAUGGUGACAAUAAUGUCUGACAAAGCGGUACAAAGUGAGGUUGUAAAGGAAUGGCUUCAGGAGCAAGAUGUUGAUGAACAGUAUUUUAAUAAACCUAAAGAGUUUGAAUGUGAGAAGGGUGUUUUCCAGUCAGAUGCCAUGAUCCAGACUGAAGAAUUUGAACAUCAGUGGAAGUUAGAAGGAGAUAAACAUGAUCUUGAAAGAAAAGCUAAAUACUUGAAAACUAAGAGGGGAGGUCUGCUGCUGAUGGUGGCGGAAGAUGAAGGGAAAAAUAAACAGAAGAUGUUCAAGUUGGCUCCAGAGCCAGAUGAUUUUACAGACGAGAAAAUGUCAAGAAGAGAUUGUUUGCGAAAGAUCUGGAAGGAUACUAAAAUGGAGCGGAAGGAGAUCAAUCAGAUGAAGUGCAUGAGCCAUGAGAUGAAAAACAACAUAGAGAAAAGACUAAAGGUGAUCAAUCAGUUUGUUAAGAGAACAUGGUUACAGAAAGAAAAGGAACUACUGGAGAAUAAGCUGAAACAAGGUCUAAGUAAGGACAUGACAUCCCAAACUGACUGCGAGAGAGACAGCAUAACACUGGACAAAAAAUACAGAGAGAUCCAACAACUUCAAGUUCAGAUGCUCAUCCACACCUCUGCUUUCUUGCAUGGGAAUCUGGGAGUGGCAACACCUGACUGGACAAACGCAAUUGAAGAGCACACCUUCCCUCGCCUCUCCACUUUCUACAGAGGCACUCAGUACCAAAGAUGCCUGUUGGUCUUUAAUGGAGUCUGUUUUCUAGAGAGAAAACUUUUGCUUGGUUUGCAAAAGGUUAUUUCCAUGCAGCUCCAUGCAAAUCCUGUCCAGUUAAUUCAAACAAAAAAAACUAGUCCAAAGAGUACAGCCAUACCAACGAUGCCUUUAGGGACAACUACGCUGUUUGGUUGA